AACAAGCAAAUAUGCAUUGAUAUAUAGAAAUCUCUUUGUAUUCUCUCUAAGAAAUAACUAUGGACAUUGUGCAUUAGAAGUGACCUAAGGUGGUGGUUCACCUAAAAAACCUAUUCUUUAGAGUUCAGACUUUUUUUAUUAGGAUAUAACUAAGUAUGCACACACAAUCUAUACACAACACACUCAUGUACCACGUACGCACACAUGUGAGUGUCCUAAAUAUAUGCUAGUCAUAUUGGAUGACCUUAGACCUUCAGUAUGCAAAAAACGCAGAUCCUACUCAGCACGCAUACGUAUAUGUAUCUUAUGUUACGUCCAGACAACAUUCUAGGAACAAAUGGAAGAUAAAUCCCUGCUGAGGCCUAAGUUCGAUCCAAAAUAUCGAACCCGGUGGCACGUACUAGGACAUCAGACCUGGAGCGACUGACCAGCCGAGCCAUGUACUUGGACAUCAGAGCACAGGCCAUCUUCAAAAACGCCCAUAUCAGCACGCCAGCGCUGCAUUAUGUUUUCAUCUCACCACUGUAGGAUGCCAAAAAAAGAGUUGCAAAAUGUAAGGGAGUCGGGAAAAAAGCUGCAAAACAUGGUAAAAAAGGUAUGAAGUUUUCGUGUGCAGACGAUCUUAAUCCUUCCCCCUUAACCACUCGGGCAAACCAGCUCUUGUUGCACAUUUAUUUAUGAUUUUCCAAAAAUAUAAAAACACGCUUCCUGUCCUACCGUGACUUGUUCACUUGCAAAGCCAGCCGCCGGCCCGUGCCACCCCUGCCUCCCGCGCCCCGCGGGGCCGCGGCAGCAUCCUCCCCUCCCCAAACACCGUGCCCGCGGCUCCCGCCCCAUGCCUGCUUUUCUACGCCUGCUACUUGGCUGCUUGCCCAAAUCCACGCUCCGGCCAGUGAUCACCCGCCGCCGCGGCCUUCGCCUCGCGCGAACGAGCACAAUGGACCCGCCCCGCGCGGCACGCGACGUCCCACCCGGCCACCCCAACCCCCGCGCCAUGCGUCGCCCAAGCCGGUCAGCCCCGUCGCCCCCUCCCCCCACCUGUCCGCUCGUUCCCCCAGCUGCUGGGCGCCGAACCGCCGUGCCUUUCCGCACACGGGCACGCGCCGCUGUCGCGAGUCGGCGCCCCGCUCCCGCACGUAAAACGCGGCGCCCGUCGACAGCUUCUGAUUGGUUCCGCGAGGGGACAGGAGGCUCGACCCAAAUUUAGCCUGACCGGCGCACGUGGUUUUCGGACCCCACGAGAAUGGCAGCCUCUCCCUAACUGUCAAGGGCGCUGCUGUUGUUAUUCGCCGUUCAACGGCGCCCAGGCGUUUUCCCUCUCCCUCCAUUAUUCUCCGGCCCAAGUUUUGCGCCUCUCGAACGAAAGCGCAAAGGCGGGGAAAGGCCAAAGAGGACAGGACGGUCGAUGAAGCUGCCGAGUCAUGGAGAGAUUCAAGGAAAAUGGUUGCGUUUAUAACCAGUUUGCAUGCAUGGUGAAUGAUUCGAGCUUUAUGUUAAAUGAUGGCAAAUACAAUUGCAAGGCAUCUGCGAACAUUAGAUAAGAUUUGACUAAGAGGACACAAUGGAGAGAGUUGAGGUCGACGGGGACUUUAUUGUUCCUGGCAAUUGGAAGCUACAUGGAGCACUAUGUAAGCAACUUUACACACUAGUUCAUGAAGUUUUGGAUGUCAUUCCUGCUCUGGAGACCACAAGGCCUGAAAGCAGUUCCGGACUUCUGGCAUUGAGUUCCCUGAGCAUUGCUGUCGAGAGGGCCAAAAAUUUACUUCAGUAUUGCUCUGAGUGUAGCAAGCUUUACUUGGCUGUUACAGCAGAGUGUGUUCUAACGAAAUUUGAGAAGGCAAGACAAGCACUUCUGGAAAGUCUUCACCAAGUGGAAGAAACAAUUCCAGAAGCAAUCUAUUCUAAGAUCGAGGAGAUAACACAGCAGCUGGAGAAAGCAGUUUUUGCUCUGGAUCAGUCUGAAAAGCGAGUUGGUGACGAAGUGAAUCAACUAAUUCAGGAUGAGAAGAAAUCUAAUGGGUUCCUUGAUGACAAUGAGCUUGAAUUUUUCCGCCAAACUGCUUUUCGGGUUGGUAUUGCAUCAUCCACAGCAGCUCUUACUGAGAGAAGAGCGCUUAGAAGGCUUCUUGAGAGAGCCCAUGCAGAGGAAGACCUAAAAAAGGAGUCGAUUGCGGCCUACCUACUUCACCUCAUGAGGAAAUAUUUGAACAUAUUCAAGAGCGAAACAACAGAUUACACCAACUCCCAGUGCUCAAGUCCUUCUUGCUCCACCAGUUCAGUGUCCAGCUCGAUUGAUCUCCAUGGAAAUUGUCAAGCCCUUGAGAGACAACUACCUAUUGUUGGCUCCUUCAGUUUGAGACAGAUUAAGGGGCUAUCAGGGAGCAUGCCAUUGCCACCUGAGGAACUUAGGUGCCCAAUAUCCUUGCAGCUCAUGUACGACCCUGUCGUUAUCGCGUCUGGUCAGACAUACGAACGAGCUUGCAUUGAGAAAUGGUUCAACAGUGGCAACACAACCUGCCCAAAAACACGCAAAGAGUUGCCCCAGCUCUCCAUGACACCCAAUUACUGCAUCAAGGGUCUGAUAGCAUCUUGGUGUGAACAGAAUGGGAUUCCAGUUCCAUCUGGACCGCCGGAAUCUCCCAAGCUAAAAUAUUUGAGGAUUUCAUCCCUGAAAAGUAGCACAUGCCUGGUGACUAAUGGCGUUAGCACGGUUUUGUUCGAAGAGACCGGUGCAAAGGAUGACAGCAAGUUGGACAAUGAGGUUGCUUUGGAGAAGUUUUCUCGUCAGAACUCUGGAGAGUCCACAUCCAAGACAAGCGUAGAGAAAGUCUCUCCAGAGAAGUGCUCUCGUCAGGGCUCCAAAGAGGCUGCAUCCGAGAUAUGCGAGGUUGAAGAUUCUCUGGAGAAGUGCUCUCAUCAGGACUCCAGAGAGGAUGUGCCUGAGAGAUGUGAGCAGUGGCUCCAUGUGCUGAAUAAGAAUGAUGCUGAGAGUAUGGAUGAGCAACAUAAGGUGGUUGAGCAGAUCCGAGUCCUGUUAAAGAAUGACGAUGAACUUAGGAACUACGCGGGUACUAAUGGCAUUACUGAACCACUUAUCUACUUUCUGAAGAUGGCUAUCUGCAGAGAAGAUGUGCAUUCUCAGGAGGUUGGAACAAUGGCUCUUUUCAAUCUUGCUGUCAGCAAUGACAGGAACAAGAGACAGCUGCUCUCAGCUGGAGUGAUCCCCCUGAUUGAGCAGAUGAUACAGAAACACGAGACCUGCGAGGCUGCCAUCGCAAUGUACCUGAAUCUCUCCUGCCUCCCCGAGGCGCAGGCGAUCAUCGGUUCGAGCGAUGCCAUCCCUUUCCUUAUCAAAGGCCUGCGGGAAGACGGCUCCCGGAGCAACACCUGCCGUCUGGACGCGCUCCUCACACUAUACAACCUCUCCCUGCACGCGCCAAACAUACCGUUCCUCCUCUCCUCCGGCAUUAUGGAGAGCCUCCACACCGUACUGACGCCGUCCUCUUCAUGGACGGACAAGGCCCUCACCGUCCUGCUCAACCUGGCGCUGACCCGGGGUGGCAAGAAGGAGAUCGCCGCCAACGCGGCCAUGGUGGGCGCCAUCGUGCUCAUCCUCGACAAUGGUGAGCCCGCAGAGAAGGAGAAGGCCGUCUCCUGCCUCUACGUCAUCUGCAGCGGCGACGAGGGCUGCAGCCAGACGGUGCUCCAGGAGGGUGUCAUCCCCGCUCUGGUGUCCCUGACGGCCAACGGCACGGUCAGGGCCAAGGACAAGGCGCAGAGGCUGCUGAGGCUGUUCCGGGAGCAGCGGCAGCGUGAGCUCGAGGAACUGCAGCCGCGGGUGCAUCUGCACGAGGUGGCGAAUCAAGCAUCCGUGCAGCAGGAAGAGAUGGUGGUGGCCGCGACGCCGCCAGCGACCAAGCCGAGCGGCAGUAAGAGGCAGCGGCUGUGCAGGUCGGGGUCGAAGAGGUUCACCAAGGCCUUCACCUGCCUGCUCAAGAAGUGGAAUCUACGCUGAGGAAGAUCAUCAGCAACUGACCGCUGAACUGUAAAACUGUACUGAUAUCUCCCUGACAACUGUUGUGCUCGUCGCGUGUGUUCUGGUACCCAUUCCUCAGUCCUGAAUCAGUAAUAGAUGUUAUACCAUGAGAUAGAGGCAAUUCCUCCCAUGCCAAAGAUUGCGUCAAUGACACGCGAGCUUAGGACCCAUACGACAGACACAAAUGAUGAUAUAUCUGGAUUAUGAUAUUACCAGUGUCAUAGGAGAAGUUAUUUCAAAUUAUAA